CCGUAUUUGUAAUGAUUUGCAAUCUGUUUCUCGGGUUCCAAGGCGAUAUACCCAUCAUCUACGCUGACGCGCUGGGAAACGCUCCACAACACUGGCCUUGUGUGGGACAAUGGUUCGCCACGGACGGCUGUCAACAGGCUGCCAAACUUGCAGGAAGCGGAAGAUUAAAUGUGAUAAGUUGCGACCAGCCUGUACACAAUGUGUUCGAUCUGGCUGGCAGUGCCCGCAGGACGCGGAUUCCGUUCAUCGAAUGUUUAUAUAUUGUGGCCCGCAGACGAUGGCGACCAACACACCCAGGUCAUUGCACACAACAACUUCACGGAUCUCUUCGUGUAAUGCGAAGCAACAACCCUUUAUCAAACAUGGGAGGGAGUAUCUCGAUCUAGAUUCAAGUAUUCCGAAGGAGGUAGUGCAGCCUCUACAUUGCCGUGCAACCGAAUACUACCUAGCAAACCAUGUCCUGCGACCGACCCGAGCGAUCCGGGGCUAUAAUGAAUACCUUUAUACAUUCAGCACGGAGGUCCUGAAAGACCCGAUGGUUGCCACGAGUCUGAGUGCAGUCGGACUCGCAGCCUACUCCCACAAGUAUCGAUAUCCAGAAAUCUUGAGCGAAGCAAGGUGUGAAUAUGUCCGAUCCUUGAGAUUCAUUAAUUCAGCACUCUCGUCAUCGCAAGCGAACGCAGCAACUGAUGCGAUCGUCAUUUCAAUACUGCUUCUCAUCUCCUACGAGUCCCAUACAGCUGAGACCAGGCGUACUAUCUCAAACCGCUAUGCGCAUGUGAAAGGCGCAGCGACGCUGCUGUGUCUGCGAGGAGACGCGUCUAUCUCGUCUUGUCCGAGACGGCAGUUGUUUCAUCACCUAUUCUCAUGUAUCUCGGUACAUUGCAUUAUGUUGUCGCUUCCUUUACCGGGUGAUCUAGUCCUACUGCAUGAAAAGGCCUUAAGAUAUGUGGAUACGACGAGCGAUCCUUCAUGGCGGCUGUCGGAGUUGAUCAUCAAGGUGAUUGAGUUUCGUGAUGACCUACGAUCGGGAAGGAUUCGAGGUCCAGAUACUAUAAUCUUUGCCGCUCAGAAACUCGAUAGUGAGCUGGCUUCUGUAGCAGACACCUUUCCAUCCUCUUGGCAGUUUGAGAUUUUCACUUUGCGAGGGCGGUCAGAGUUGGUCUUUGGGGAGGACUUCCAUGUCUAUCCAGACCUAUGGAUUGGUUACACCUGGAAUAACCUUCGAGCAUGCCGGAUGAUUCUGCUUGACGAGAUCCGCCGGCAAUUAGAGCAACGCACGAUACUUGCACAACCCUGCAUAAUGGCUGGUUUACUACAGCAUCAGCAAACCUUGGCGAAGCUGCAUCAGCUGAGCUCAGAUAUAUGUGCAACAGUCCCACAGCACUGUGGCUAUCACUUGGAGCUACUGAAUUGCACAGGUCCAAAUGAAACCUCAACCCCACACAAGCACCUCAGGCAUAGUGAUACAGGUAUCCCGAGGGAUGCCGGUGCGCACCUUCUUUUCUGGCCCUUUAUAAAUGCCGGACAGUUUACUCCAUCACAGCACCAACGAAACUGGAUCGCCGGCCGCAUUCCUUCCGUGGGUCAGCAGGGAGCUCUUAUUGCCGACAUUCUGAAGUUGGGACAGCGAGUGUUUUAAUGCGGUGGAAGAGAAUAUAUUAAGGAUCUGAAUUAAAUAGAGUUGAACCUGCUUGGAAUUCCGGUUCAAAUGGCACACCACGGAGUAGAAAUAAUCGCAAGAUGUUGAGUUACGUGAAAGUGGACAAAGGAUCAGUGUUGCUU